UGCGUUGUUAUGGACGUGGUGGAGUCUGCGCGUUUGAAACACAACAGUUGUUAAUCCAUAGUACGUGUGUUUUAUAAGUUGCUAAAGGUAGUUUUAGUUUCCAUAACCUUCAAAAAUGUCGACAGAUCGAAUAGUAGUUCUACGAGAACGUAACAAAUAUUUGUUAAAGCAGCUGAGGCAACAAAGAGAGAAGCUGGAGCGGAUGAGCGGCAGCAGUUUGAGCCGCAAGAGGGGGAGAGAGGACGAGGAAGUGGAUGAGAAGGAGGAGAGGAGGCAUCCCGAAGUGAUGGGAGACCGAAGUCCUGCAAGGGCAACCCUUGUCCAACCACCAUUCAGAUUUACUGAUACCGAAGAGAUGCACAUAGGUCCCCCUUCCAAUUCCUCCAGUCAUUCUGGGACCUCUAGACGAAGAGUACCUGCUGUACCUACAACACUGACAGACAGCCACAGGAAUCCUCAAGACUAUUACACACCAGCAGACCCCAGGCCACUCAGUAUCCAGUCUUUCGGAGUUAUGCACAAUAAACUCCAGGUCCAAAGUCGAGUCAGGUUUCAGUCGGAUGAAUUUGAAAACAAGCCUGCAUCAGACAGACAUCACGUGCAGCCUUUACUUGGGUAUGAUUGGAUAGCAGGAGUACUAGAUACUGAGGACUCCUUGGCAGAGCGUUCUGACGAGUUCUUCAAUGAUCUCCGCAUGUUUCGAUCGAUCAAUAAAGACAAGUGUAUUCACCCUGGACCAGCAGAAUCUUUUGAGGAAAACCAUCUUUUCCCACCACUCCUAACAGAUGAGGACGAUAGAGCAGCGAACACAGACACGCACCAGUGUACAUUUUCCUACAGGAUCAACAGCAGGCUGUUUCCUGUCCCACUCCACUCUCAGGAAUGCUGCCCAGUGUGCAAAAAGUACAAAUCCUCCCACCCUCACACUGCAGCAGAACCAGCUCUGAUCAGGGUCAGCAUUCCUCGCACCAACCUCCUGCCACCUUACAAGUACAAUGCUCAUCGGCGAAGCAGCUUUGAUCCUUCAGACAGUUUGGGAUUACCAUCACACUGUCUCUCAGGAUGGUCAAAUGCAGGUCAGAACAUCCUGCCGCCACCCAGCAACCUCGACCUGCGGAGCAGUAUUAGAACAAAGAACUCUGAUGGCUCCCUGAGCCAAGAACUGCAGGACCUAUCUUCACCCAGAAGGCACCAAAACCUUGAGCAGAUCUCUGAUGUGUGUCGUUUGGCUCAUUAUAACUUUCAGCACUUCUCUCCAAAGAGAAAGCCAAGAGGCCCUUCUUUCAAUGUAGGGUGACAGAUCAUCUAUGGAUUUGUAAAGGAUCAAAAUCCGAGAAGCUUCAACAUCAUCAUCAACCAAAACCGCUUACAUUUACAUUUUUAGUGGAUCACCGUCUGUUUCCUCCAGAUGUUUUUCUUGUACAUUUGUUUUAAACAGGGAACUAAACAUAAAGUCCAUCAUGUGUUGUAAAUGUGUUGGAAAAUUAGCCAACUCAAAAAUCAUGUUGCUUCAUAGUUCCUUUUUUUUUUUUUUUUUUGCUUAAGUGAAUUAAAUCUCAAGCAGACAUAA